AGAGGCCUGUUGGUCCACGGUCGCCCAAAUCAUUUUGGCCAAUCAGAACACUGAUCUUGAAUCAGGGGAGAGGAUAGGCUAUAGUGAAGAACAUGUCUGGUGCAGCAGCGAUGUUCGUGUUCUUAUUGCCGGGGAUUCCAAUGUCCAUCGUUUGAAGUCUGCAUGUCCUCCAAAUGCAAGGAUUGACUUUCUGCCCGUAUCUGGUGCAAAGUACGUGUCUGACCGGAAGGGCUUUAGAAAGCUGCUGCAUCAAGAGCUGAUGUCAGGUUGUUACGACAUAUUGUACCUGCAUCUUGGCUCUAACGAUGUUUGCUGCAAGGAUAGCAAUUUCUACCGUUGUGUGACUGAGAUCCUUGAUGUUGUAUUCAGUUUGUGCACUGAAAUACACGUGGUGCUUUGCGUGAUUCUUCCACGUGAUUUUGAUGUGAGAAUGUUUCCCCGAUGGCCACUCUCAGGGGCACAGUUGAGGAACUACUGCCAGUGGAUAAGGAGCGCAAACAGCAUGCUGUGGGAACUGAGUCACCAUGUGCCUUCUGUGAGAUACAUGGACUAUGCAGCAACUAAACAGAAGUCCCUGUACUUGUCCCAUGAUGGACUACAUCUGAGUGCUGAAGGGGCUAGGAGGUGUUUAGCAUCCAUACAUGACGACCUGCCAAACCAGCUGUGUGUGGAGGCUGCUGUUCAAGAUCCUACAGAAUGGCCAGCUCUCUCAGCCACGGAAGUACCGGUUCAGGAGCAUGACAGCACCAUAGCACUCUUUUCGGAUAUUGUGCAGACUGGAGCUCAACCAGAGAUUCAAGACAAGGUGGAUGCAAGUGAAGUACCAGUUCCCAGGGACAUUAAGCCUCAGACACAUAAAAUAACGGUUGUCACAGCCAGAGCUAAGAGGUCUGCAACCAGAAAUGUCAAAAGAUAUGGAAAGAAGUUGGCAAAGAAAUGCCACACAAGGUCAUGCUGCAGUGGAUUUGUUUACCUUGACAUUACUGAAGAUGUGGCUGUUUUCCUGCCUGCAUACAAGUUGAAUGGCUUAUGCUUGGAAGAUGAAAUCAACGUGCCAUCCAACAUCCAUUGCCACCGAGACACUGAAGAGACGCCCCAACAAGAUGACAACGCCGCAAAUGAAGAUAAAGUCAAUGUGCCAUCCCACUUCUUUUUCCAACGAGACACUGACGAGACGCCCCAACAAGAUGUAGACACUUCACAGCUUCUUCUUAUUCUUUCAAAUGACGUUGAACUUAACCCUGGACCGAUAUUCCAGACAAUACCGGUCCCUGUGGAAGCGGUUGGCUCAAGCGAGAAGAUGACGAUAAUUACAGUGAAAAUGGACUGACCAUACACGAAAGACAAAGGACAUUAAAUAUUUACACAAAUUUUGCACCUGUAAAAUGUGACAUUCAUAUACGUGAAUGCUAUAAUUCAAUUAGUAAGCCAUGCAGAAUUCUUUGGGAUGAAGGGGACUUAGAUUGUUUACAUGUAUUAAGUAGGGAUACAGCAGCAGGAGAUGAAAUAGGGUGGGAAUUUGUAUCUAUGGUUAUGAAUUCUAGUUGCACUUUUUCCUCUUACUGCCAGUUUAAAAAUGAGAUGUAUAAAACUCGCCACAAUAAGGCUAGGUUUAUGGAUCAAACAGUUUUUUUUAGCUCAUCUAUU